AUGUCAUCUCCAUCGGAUUCCUCUUCCUGCAUAUCUGAAAGUGAUCUAGAAAGUUUUACAGUUGACGAAGUGAUUGGGGAACUGUCUGAAUUUGCGCCGUACGACGACAGUUGCGAACCCCUUGCUACCGAGGAAGAAGCCGCGGACUACAAAGAAAGAGUUCAUCGCGAAGAAGAAGAGGAACAACAGUUUCAGCGAAGAUAUCCGGGAGAGGUGCCAGCGAAUGAAUGGUAUGGUAUUAUCAUGGAAUGUAGAUUUAUAUUUUUAUUUUCCAAUGUCAACAUACCCGUCGUUAAAUCGUGCGCGUGACAAACGCGACUGCUCUUUCAGCCUUGUUACAAAAGCGCAGGAGUGCAUUUGCUGCAAAGAGAUCGAUCGCUGCGAAGAGGUCAUGGAAGAAGCCAUUGGAGACCGGACCGUAUGCAUAACCCUCCAUCCAGGGUUUGAAAGCGUCUGCUUAAACCGCCACGUAUUAGAAGUGGCUGCAGUGGGCCUAAAAACGCGAGCUGGAAAGUCGUACACAACUGUUCGUGGGCAAAGCAACAAAAGUGAUAAUGAGUAAGUUGGGGUAUUGUUGACUUUGUAUCGGAACGAUCGAACCUUACAUAGCAUUGAAUAAUUGAUACAUCUAAGCUUAUCACCGUGGACUGAUCUCAUAGAAUCACAUUUUUUAUUUUCUAAAUGGCUUUAUUGCCCCAACUGCUUAUUUUUAAAAAGAGUAUUUAUUUAUCUCCAUCCAAUCCCUCCUUGAAUUAACAGUGAUCUCAUUUCUCUAACUAGAUUCCUGAGGUCUGUGGCCUAUCGCCAAUUUACAAGACUGCUGUGGAGUUAUAUUGGUAGUUCCAGGCGAUACCCCUUGCCCUGUUGUGCCUACAAUAAAAUCAGGAAACAAUUUCCGAGUCAAAAUGGCCAUUAUCGUGGAUUCGAAGAUGAAGAAAAUGAACAAUAA